CUUUAACAAGCAGUUUCGUAAUCCCAACCCUUCUGUAUUAGCUCAGAGCGCAAAGCAAAACCCUAGAGAAAAUGUCGGGUGGAUUUUUCCGGGGAACGUCGGCCGAUCAGGAUACUCGAUUCUCGAACAAGCAGGCAAAGCUGCUCAAGUCUCAGAAAUUUCCGCCGGAAUUAGAUCACCUGGUGGACAUGACAAAAGUGAAGAUGGAUGUUAUGAAGCCGUGGAUAGCAAAGCGUGUAACUGAGCUAAUUGGUUUUGAAGAUGAAGUGCUUAUCAAUUUUAUUUAUGGUCUGUUGGAGGGAAAGGGAGUUAACGGAAAGCAGGUCCAGAUUACACUUACUGGAUUUAUGGAGAGAAAUACUGGGAAGUUUAUGAAGGAGCUCUGGUCGCUGCUUCUCAGUGCACAGCAAAACGUGAGUGGUGUUCCCCAACAAUUUCUAGAUGCAAAAGUAGAGGAAGCUGAGAAGAAGAAGGCCGAGAAAGAUGGUAUAGCUAAUGAAAUUCAACGGAAGAGGGAGAAGGAGAAGCUAGAAGCUGAGCAAGAGAAAAUGAAGAUGGGCGGCGAUGGUGCAAGGCAAAAAGAUAAAAAUACAGAGCUGGAGCUUAAUGUGAAAGAUGAUAUUGAAAGGUCCACCAUCAAUGUGGCAGAUGAGGAAGAACGUGACAAGAGAAACGACAGGAGAAGACUCAGCAGGGAUAUUCAGUCUCCAGAUUCUCCCAACCACUCCCCAUCUUUGCGUGGAAGGCGGAGGUCAAGAAGCAUAUCUGGAGCAUCAUCCCCAUUAAGAAGUCGCUCCAAUUCCUCGGACAGACAGUUGCGCUCAUCACCUGAACGUUCCGUUUCACCCCGCCGGAGGCGUGUUUCUCGGCGCUCUCGUUCACCACGACGUCGGUCACCAUAUUCCAAGCGACGAUCUUCACCUCGCUCACGACACAGAUCUCGUUCCCCUGUUCGAUACAGGGUUCGUUCUCCUCGCCAUUAUAGGUCGCGUUCGCCUUUGCAUCGUAGGUCAAGGACCCCUAUAAGGAGAUCAUCCAUGAGAUAUAGGUCUAGGAGUAGGACGCCCUUAGGGAGAAGGUCGCCAUUUGCUGGACGUCGUGGGUCCCGGUCUCCCAAGCAAGGUAGGUCAAACUCUCCUGUGAGAAGGUCUCCACCUUUUGGACGUAGGAGGUCGCCAUCACCUGCAAGAAGGCGGUAUCGGCGUUCUCCUUCAACUCCACAUCAGCAAUCUGUAUCUCCAGAUCGCCGUAGGUCCUCUUUGAGCAGGCGGAAAAUGUCUGUUACCCCUGACCGCGUAAGAUCUCCGCAAGAAUUGAGCUCCCCCUCAGAUACUCGCCGCAGUUCCCUUUCGCCGAUAAGGAGGGGUUAUUCUAAAAGGGAAAGUUCUCCGGUACAAUCUCGCGGAGAUAGAGCCAGAAGGCAUGAUAAACAUUCUCCUGCUCGGCAUGCUUCUCCCAAGGAAAGAAUUGAACACCCUGCUAAUGACCGUGAAGGUUCGAGGUUAGUGGAACACAAGCCUGUAGUUUCUCUGAGGUCACCACAGAGGGAUAUGAUGGAUCAGGAUGAUUUACGUGGAAAAGAGCAAGAAUUGUCUCCUUCAAUGCGGAAGUCCGCAUUAGCAGAUGCUUCUAGGGGCAGGAAUUAUAAUGAAGGACGAAGGCCGUCCAGUCCCCGUAGCAGGGAAAGAAUGGCUGAUCCUGAGAGUUCUAACGCUUUGAUGAAAGCUGCUGGGCCCAAACCUUAUCGUGAAAAUUCUGGAACAAAUACAGAUGAUGAGGGAAAAGUUUCUGUCAGGAUUGGAAAAAUUUCUUCAUCUUUGGGUCUUAAGGAUUCACAUUCAAGAAAGACUCAACAACCAACCAGUGACUCAAUACAUGACAAGACGCACCUUGAAGAACAUAAUGAUCGGAAAGAAAUUUCAACAGCUUCUAAAACCUCUGGUUUGGGUGUAAAAAGAAUGGAAUCUUAUGAUGAUGGUGCUAAACCUAAGGACAAGAAAGUAGCUGGGGCAUAUGAUACCAAGAAUGGUCAUUCACCACCAGAAAUGGAAGGUCGUAUAGAUAAACCAUCAAGGAAGUAUGAGCAGAAUGGCUCGUUUGAUUCUCCUACUAAGGAAGGUGACGAGUACAGAGCAAAGGUAAAAGAGAAGAGGAAGCACAAGAGGUCUCACAGGAAGGAGGUAGAAUCAGAUGAUUAUUCUAGCUCUGAUUCUUAUGAGGAGAGGAAGGAGGCAAAAAGAAGGAAAAAGGAAGAAAAGAAAUUGAAGAAAGAGGAGCGGCGUAGGCGUCGAGAGGAGAGACGCCGGAAAAGGGAUGGAGGCCGUUCAGAGAUAAAGGGAGAUGGUGCUGGUAGUUUGUCUUCUGAUCUUGCACGAGAUCAAUCUGAAGAUGAGAGCCUUAAAAGGAAAGGGUCACGGGUGAAACACUCUCAAGAAACAGAGCCUGAGCCAAAAAGGCUUGAGAUUGAGCUUCGUGAGAAGGCCAUUGAGAAUCUUCGAGCUCAUAAGGGCAUUGGAAAUUAAACCUUUUACUCUAGAAUUAAUUAGCUGCUAUUUAUUAUGUUAUACUGCUAUUGUUUUCUUCUUCUUUUUUUUGGUUGUCGUCCAAACCUUUCAUUUUCUGGAUUAAUGUACUUUUAAUAUCUGUUUAAUGUGAUUUGUCUUUACUGGUGGCAGCUCAAAUGGAUAAUGAGGAUUUCCUGAGCUUAUCAUGAGUGAAACUUAUGCUGACUUUCCUGCUAAAUUUUCUGAUAUGAGUAUUACCACCUAGGUGACUUGGUUGAGCAGAUCAACUGCCGCUACUUUUAGUUUGGACUGUUUAACAGCUUGAGGGUUGUUUCAAAGUAAUUUUGAUCCGGAGGUUAUAUAAGCAUUCCGUGAUGGCAUUGGAAUCAAAAUUAUUGGUGUAGUACUUAUAGCUAGUUAAACUUCCCUCAAUUUUUUUUUGGGUAAUCUUUCUUAUCUCUCAUUUGCUAAAUAACUGUUGUACAAUUCAACAUUUACGAGGUUGAGAAAUACUUUGGUUUUUUGAGGAGAUACUGUUCGAUGGGGCUUAUGACUCUCGAGGCACUUCGGUACAUUUGUGCUCCAUUUCAGUUGUAUCAGUUAGCACUCUUUUGGUUGAUUAUAGGCUUGUAUGAACUCACCCUGACUCCUAGUUUUAAGCCAUCAAAUGACUUGAGGAUUCCUAUGCAAUUUAUUGUUUCCUCUUUUUUGUACUUCUUUUAUGUGCUUGCGGUAGCUGUGGGGUAUGCACUUCUCUCUCUGCCUGCUUGGUUACUAUCAUUAAUAUUCAUUAUUAUUGUUAUUAUAAUUGAUUUGUUUUUCCUUAUGUGUGUUUAUUUUGUAAUUACUAGUCUUUUGCUUUGGCUGGGCAUGAGGGGUUUGUAUAUAGUGGUGUGGAAUGAUUUUAGCAUUGUGUUCUGGUGUUUUACUGGGUGGAUGCAACUGUAUGCUGGGCCUGGUUUACACUUGAUUGCAUGGUGAGUUUCUGAAAUUUUUUUUGAAGAUUAGUCUUAAUGAAAU